AUGAUUCCAAGAUGAAGGUCUCGUUCAACUGUAUGAGCCCAGAAGCCGUAUUCGUUUACGAUUUCGGUUCUGAAAAUAGCUCCGCUGUGGUACUUACGGGGUCACUACUGUAUGAAAUGGUUGCCCUGUCCAAUGGCUCGUAUACUUGGACCGGUACAUUGAACAAUUUCGGGUCUUACAGCUACUGGUUGGGCCAUGAUGAUACCCGGGUUACGCUUUUGUACCCCUGUACGUUUAAUCUGCAAUACAGUGACCAGGCCGAUGAGAAGGAUGACUACAGACGCAUCCGUGACAUGCGCUGUGAGGCUGGCACCGUGAGUGCUCGUGUAUCCAUGGUAGAGGUGGAUCUACUGAGCAGGCUGUUCAACAAGUACACAACGUUCCUCUCCGACCCGGAAUUGGACGAAGCAAGCAACGAGAGUAAGCGUAAGGAGCGUGAUGAAAAGGAGACCGAGAAGCUUUUAGGACAGUUGGGUGCUCUGGGGUACGGUGAAGAAUGGUGCAAAACGGCCCUAAAAAUAAAUAACGGGGACCUGGAACACUCGGCCAAUUGGCUCAUCACCUCGCACGACCGGAACAAACGGCCCCCAUCUAUAUACUCCGUACCCCACCUGCCCGUAUGCGAGCAACAGCAAAUAGCCACACCCGUUUCGUCUGCGUCGCCCAAUUCUCAGCGAAUGAAAAUCGCCCGACGGCUGUCCCGUUCUAGCGGUCCUGUUUUGGGACGAACCAACUCACACGCAGACCGUAUAGCUACGGUUUACUCAGAGCAGUUGACUAUAAGUGGGGAGAUUAUUGUGAGGUUCUACACCACUAUGGGACAAGUUGUGCAACCGUUGGCGGAGGUGAUGUCGUGUCCUCUUAUGGUCGAUGUGAAGGACUGGUCGUCUAAAAACAAACAGUUAACCAUCAACUCAAGACUAUCCUACGACUUCUUCAAUCCUGGCAAGGGCGCAUGGUAAG